GUAUUUGCGAGAGUGCGUUAAAAUAGUAAAAGUAAAUUUCAAUUCUGAUUCUGAAAAUUGUAAUGUUUGUGUUGAUUUUGCAAUUGGAAAUUGGUUAAACUGUGCUUUAAUUGCAAUUGUUUGAUAUUUGUUAAACCCGAGUGAAUCGAUUGGUGGUCUUUUCUCGUUGCUAAAACAAUUUAACUUUCCUUUGGAGCAUUUUUGCUUUGUUCUGGAAAUAGUAGUUCCAUGGAGCAAGAACAAACCCAAUUCUAUUGGAACAAUUCUUCACUAUAUGGUCCUGGUUCUGAUUCAGUUGUAGGUGGACCACCGAUGACACCUAAAUCUCCAUUGAGCUCUGUUGUUAGAGCUCAUCUACCUAACAAUGAAAAAACUUCAUUCAAGGUAAAAGCAGGCCAAACAGUUGGAGAAGCUCUCAAAAAAGCAAUGGACAUCAGAAAAUUAACGCCCGAGAUAUGUGAUGUAUACACAUAUACCACUCACGCCCGAAUCGAUUGGAAUCAAGAUAUAAGCACUUUAGAGGGAAAAGAGAUUGUCGUUGAAGCCAGAGCUUCUCCUAUUAGGACUUCCAUAUCUCAUAAUUUUGUUCGCAAGACCUUCUUCUCACUUGCCUUUUGUGAGUGUUGUCGCCGUUUAUUAUGGCAUGGUUUUAGAUGUCAAACCUGUAACUUUCGUUUCCAUCAGAGAUGUGCUAGCCUUGUGCCCAGCUUAUGUUCACCUUUAAAUGUUGACUCUUCAAACUACUAUGGGCAUCUUUUAGCACUAAAUAAUACAAAUUACUACAAGGCAUCCUCCAAUCCUUCAAGUGGACCUUACUUUCAACCACCCAGUCAAGUUUCCCAACAUGGAGUUUCAUCAUCAUCUUCAUCUGCAUCAGAAUAUCAACCACCAUUUAAUCAAAUUCGGGAAUCUAUGAAUGGAUCGACUCGGCGUAAAGCACAAACAUCAGGAUUCUCACAAAGAGAAAGAUCUACAUCUGCUCCUAAUGUUUAUUGUGUUAACCAAAAUAAUCAAAGUUUUUCGGAAGAGUUUCACAAAUAUCCAACAUCAUCAUCGGGUUACAAUAGUAUUUACACUAAUAACAGUGAAGCGGCAAACAAUGCAACAAGUCCUACGAGAACUCAAAGUGCUGGAGGUUCACCCACUAACACACGGAUCGGAGGUCAACAAUGGCGUCCUAGAGCACGAUCAGCUGACGAAAGUUCAGCUAAAAAUUUAGUAAACAAAGGAAAACCUAGCACAACUGGAAGGGAACAAAUUGAAGACUGGGAAAUAGCACAUGACGAAAUUUUCACUGGACCUAGAAUAGGUUGUGGUUCUUUUGGAACAGUAUAUCGAGGUCAUUGGCAUGGACCAGUGGCACUUAAAAAAUUGAACGUUACCAAUCCAACUCCUGCACAAUUACAAGCUUUUAAAAACGAAGUUGCUGUGCUAAGAAAAACUCGCCAUGUUAAUAUACUUCUUUUUAUGGGCUGUGUUUCUAAGCCUCAGCUUACGAUAGUUACUCAAUGGUGCGAAGGUUCAUCUCUUUACAAGCAUCUCCAUGUACUCGAAACCAAAUUUGAACUUGCCCAAUCGAUAGACAUUUGCCGGCAAACUGCCCAAGGGAUGGAUUACUUGCAUGCAAAAAAUAUUAUCCAUCGUGAUCUUAAAACGAACAAUAUAUUUUUACAUGAAGAUUUAACUGUAAAGAUAGGUGAUUUUGGUUUAGCAACUGUUAAAACCAAGUGGAACGGAUCUCAACAAUUUAAUCAGCCUACGGGUUCCAUUCUAUGGAUGGCACCAGAAGUUAUCAGAAUGAAAGAUGCAAAUCCAUUUUCCUUCCAAUCCGAUGUUUAUGCCUUUGGUAUUGUCAUGUUUGAACUGUUCACUCAGCAAUUACCAUACAGUAACAUAAAUAACAAAGAUCAAAUCCUUUUUAUGGUCGGACGAGGUAUACUUAGGCCCGAUUUAACCAAAUGCAGAAAAGACACCCCUAAAGCAGUGAUACGCUUAAUAGAAGACUGUAUUACAUUUGCAAAAGAAGACAGACCUUUGUUUCGUCAAAUCUUGGCUUCACUUGAAUCCUUGUCCAGAUCAUUGCCAAAGAUACAUCGAUCUACUUCAGAACCAACAUUGAAUAGGACGCAUAUACAGUCAGAAGAUUUUUGGGGACCCGUUUGUGCCUCUCCAAAAACUCCUAUUAACUCACAAUAUACAGCUUUUCCCUUCUAUAGUUUUACCUAAUUUCUCUUAAUUCAUUUUAUCUCUUUAUUUCUCAUCUUUCAUCCUUCUUUCAGUAAAUUACUUCUAUUCUUUCAAAAUAAAAAAUUGACGAUUUAAAAUGAAAA